GUGUACUCAUAAGGGAAGGAGCUUUGUUGCUCACUGACAUGUAUUGUAUAAAUGCCUUUGAGAAACCUCCUCAUAUAUUCCAUAUAGGAAUCACCGAAUUAUAGUCAGAUCCAUUCCUGAAUCAACAGCCAGACAUCAUGGAAGCACAUAUAUAAUCAGAAGAUUCAGCAGAAUGGGUUAACACGGCAAAUUAUACACAGGAACUACAAACUAGGACAAACCGAGCGGGCCUAGAACACAGACAUGAGGCUCACAGCUAACUGGCAAGACAACACCUACACACACUACACUGAAACUUAUUAUGAGGAACAAGAGCAAACCACGAUCAGAGGGCGUGCACUUGCUCCACUAGCAAACAUGACACAGGAAGUAACUAUAACCAAAAGGGGAAAAAAUAACUCAUUUAAGUCAAGUCAUUAGCUACAUGACUUCCUGUGAGCUAUUUGAGCAGAGCUUGAUGCGAGAUGGUUUGACACCACAUCACACGUCUUUGCAUGAGCCAGAAGUAGCAUCCCCACGAGCACACGAUGAUGUAGAUCACUGCGGUAGGUAAUUCAUCAUGGAACAGAACACAUCUUUGACCAUCAACCCUGAGGGCUAUCUCCCUCCAGCAUUCAAAAUCGUCAGCCUAGUGUUCUACAGCAUCAUAUUCUCUGUAGGCUUGGUGGUCAAUCUCACAGCCCUCUGGGUCUUCGCUCUGACUACAAAAAGAAGGAGUUCUGUCACCAUUUACAUGAUCAAUGUGGCUGUGGUGGACCUCAUCUUCAUUCUCCUGCUUCCAUUCAGAAUGGCCUACUACAGUGGGGAUUAUUGGCCUUUUGGCGAUAUGUUCUGCAGAAUCAAUGCAGCACUAACCGUACUCUAUCCAUGUCUGGCUCUCUGGCUCUUUGCUCUCAUUAGUGCUGACCGCUACGUAGCCAUAGUUCAGCCACGGCAUAGCAAAGAGCUAAAGAACGUACACAAGGCCUUGCUGUCGUGUGUGGGAAUUUGGGUCAUGACCCUUGGUGGUGCAGCAUCACUUCUUUUCCUGGAGGAAGAUCCAGACCUUUUCUCAAACCACACCACCUGCCUGAAGAUGCAUGACAUUGUCUACCUGCGCCGUGACAACUCUGUCCACUUUGCUCGUCUGGCUUUCUUCUUCUUAGUGCCAAUGCUUAUCAUGGUGGGCUGUUACAUCAGCAUCGUGGACAAUCUGAUCCACGGGCGCACAUCCAAGCUCAAGCCCAACGUAAAGCAGAAAUCCAUCCGUAUCAUCAUCACGCUCAUCAUGCAGGUGCUGGUGUGCUUUGUUCCCUUCCAUGUCUGCUUUGUGCUCCUGCUUUUUGAGAAUAUCGGCCAGGACUACAGCACCUGGGGUGCGUUCACAACCUUCCUAAUGAACAUGAGUACAGUGUUGGACAUUAUACUGUACUACAUAGUUUCUAAGCAGUUUCAGGACCGAGUGAUCAGUGUGAUCCUCUACAGGAACUAUCUGAGAAGUGUGCGAAGAAAGAGUCGUCAUACCGGAAGUGUACGCUCUCUCAGUAACCUUACCAGUGCCAUGAUCUGAUGAAUCUGACAUGGUUUGAACACAUGAACGAAAAGUAUUUUAAAUAUGAGAGGACUGCGAGCUAGUCUCGAAAAAAAGAGGAACAUACUGAAGCUUGGACACUUUCACUUUCAUUUACUGCAAUAGUUUAGUACUUUUCUAAGCGAGAGCUAUCUUUAUCUUUAUCUCGUGGGCAUGUUUUGCGAAUGUUUUUGCUUUCAGUUGACUCAGAAAGUGAAGUAAAGGUGAAGAACGAGAAAUAUGAAUUAUCCCUCCUAGACCACUGCUUGAAAGAAUAAUAAAAAAAAAUCGUUAAACGCCCCAAAAUGUAUAAAAUACACAGUCUAUGUAAUGCAGAAUGUUUGUGUAUGUUUUCUUUAUGGAUUGUAUGUUGUCUUCAGGGUUAAAUGGGAAAUCCACACAUUUCUGGGGGGAAAGUACACUGUUAUAUUGUCUUGUUGAGAAGUGAGAUGAGUGAUUCAGACUGCUUUGUUUAUAAAAUGGCUCCAUUCUACAGGAUGGACAAAUUGCUAUCCCAGGUUCCUGGGACAAGCAGAUUACUAUUGGUUUUUCAUUCACACUUACCCAGUGGACAAGCAGGUUCAGCAGGCUGUUGAUAAUAUAACAAUCAUCAGCAUUUUUUUUCCUUCACUCAUCAUCAACAAAUGGAAAAUGGAAGAAAAGUUCCGCAAAAGAAGACCGCCCCAAUUACUUCAUUACUGUUUUGCAGAUCUGCUGCACUGUGUAAACGAACCAAGGACGUGGUCUGGCUGUUGGGACUAUUUUUACGCGCCAUAUUAAAUAGCUUGAAUGCAUGCUAGACAAUCUUUCCAGAAUCAGGAAUAAAAUGUGAUGUUUAACAGUGAAUAAAUACAUUACAGUACUGUAACUGUAAUUCCGGCACUACAUGCAGUUACCUCACAUUUAUACACUUCAUCGAGUGAAAAUGAAGGUGCUAGUUAGCGUCAGAUACAAUCUAAACUCAGUCAAAACAUUAGCCAAGGAUUGUCUGCCAUUUCUGGAGUUUAUCAAGGGUGCACACGGACAUUUUCAGGAUAUGAUGAAGAUAUGGACCCAAAAGAACCCGUGUCACACCCCUCUUCAUCUCCCUCCACUGGCUCGCCCGCAUCAAAUUCAAGGCCUUGAUGCUCACAUACAAGACCUUGUCUGGAACAGCGCCCCCUACCUCAACUCUCUCCUGAAGGCUUACGUUCCCUCACGCGAUCUGCGAUCGGUUAACGACCGACGCUUAGUAGUGCCUACUCAGUGUGACUCAAGAUCCCUUUCCAGAACCUUCACACUGACUGUCCCUCAGCGGUGGAAUGAACUUCUGUCCUCAAAAAACAGCUAAAGACCCACCUCUUCCGUGAGCACCUAACUAGCCCCUAAAACACCAACCCCCACAUUAUUUAUAAACAAAUAAAUAAAUAAAUAAAUAAAUACCUCCCCUGGCUCUUACACCUCGACUCUGUGCACUUUGCUUCUCUAGAACUCAAUGAAAAGAUCUUGUACGGUAGCACGACUUGUAUUGCUCUCCGCUUGAUAUAUCGCUUUGCUCGUAUUUCCUCAUUUGUAAGUCGCCUCGGAUAAAAGCGUCCGCUAAACGAAUAAAUGUAAAUUUAUAAAUGAGUGUAGUUACGUAAGGUCACCCUUCCCAUGGAGUCACGUAUUGAAGUGCUUAUUUUCCUUAGUCUCUAUUAAUGUACACAUUUAGCCUGUCAAACUUUAUUAGUCACAUUAGUUGCCACUUUUUUAGCCUGGUCUGUGCAAGCAUACCAUGGGACUGGGCAAGCACACUGACUAAUUUAAGACUUGAUCCCUGAUUCUGGAAAUGUAUCUUACCAUGAUGGAACUGUCCACAUUAAGCACGCGGUAUGUGUAUAGCUUCUAUACGCUACCACACAGUAAGGUAUUGCACAAAAUGUUCACAAAUAUAUUGACUGUUUUCAAAUAGUGCAAUUACAAGGUAAUAACUUACAACAAAUUUCUUUAAUCUAGGACCGUGGACUAUGACUUCUGUGUUGUUGUUGUUGUUGUUGUUGUUGUUGUUGUUGU